AUGUCGGGCCGUUCGAGUCCCGUAAACGGCGGCUACGAUGCUGCUGAGCCUGCUAUGAGGCUCUCGGUACGCAAGGAUCUCUUUCCAGAAAUUCGCUUGCUGAAAGGAACCUCCGAUUCAGAUACAGAAUCUGAGACUGCACAAGACGAGCUCGAAGCUGUAUCUUGUGUAAAACUGGAGACUGACUUCGAGAAGAGCAUUGAUGACAUUGCUCAACAGAAGAUGCAGGUGGUUAAUGGAGCGCUGCCGUCCCCGACACGGCCUCGCCACAGGAAACAUAAGCAGCACUCCAAACGUGAUUCAGACUAUACGACGCAUAAUGGGUGUCCACCUAAGGAGAAGAAGAGGAAAAAGAGUUCUCAUGACUCUCGUAAAUGGACACCUUCAAAAAAUAGUAUAGUGACGAAAGUGAAAGGUGGCAAAAACUUAAACUUAGUGAGUAGUAGUGAGUAUCAGGACGGUGAUGAAGGUGAAGUAGAGGAAGAUGAAAGUGAUAGUUCUGAGGAUGAAGUGUUAAAGAGUAGUGUAAAGUUACCGUUAAUAUCACGACAAAGUGGUAAACCUUACAGUCAUGAACUUAGUCAAUUAUCAACAAAAAAGAGUAAAUCUAAGGAAUCGUCAAAGGAACAAAGGACUCGUAUAGUGAUACCUUGUAGUGGUAAACCUCGUUCCAUGUUGGGAUUCUGUAGCUCCCGAAGCAAAAAGAAAUCCAAGAAGUCUGAAGUCACUCCCCCCACAUAUCAAAGCCAGAUAGUGGAUACUAGUACUAAACUAAAGAUUAAAAUUAGAAGGACAAGCAUUCAGGAUGUGAUAACUCCAGCCCCAGUAUCAAUAGCUGAUAUCGGUCAGAGGAGGUCCAAGAAGAAGCGUGCGGUGUCACCGGCGGUGAGUGCUAGUUCUGGUGAGGAAUAUGACCCCACGCGAGGUGACACGGCCGCCGUUAUGAGUGUCGCAGCUACAAAAUCAAGGCAACCAAGGGCGAAGGUCAAAAAGUCCAAUAAUAAUAACUCAAAAACUAAAGAUAAAGCUCAAAAGACUGAAAGAACUAGAGGUAGUGCUGUGGAUAAAGGGAGUAAACCACAAAGUCCGUGGGCACAUUCCAUGCCUGAGGAGAUAUUAGUGAAAAUAUUUGAAUAUGUUGUACAGCAGGGUAGCUUACCUGGUAUUGUAAGAUUGAGCAGGGUUUGUAAAUUAUGGCACACCGUCAGCUGUAGGCCAGAGUUGUGGAAGAAUGUGGACCUUGCACAAUAUACUGUUGAAAAAUGUAAAACUGACUACAAACUGGUCUGGCUUCUCGAAAAUCGUUUAUCUCUUUGUCACAGUUUAAAUAUUGCUCAAUGGAAGGUGUGUAAUGUGUCCUGGGUGUUAGCAUGUGUUGUGGACUACUGUCCUGGUCUGGUCGAGCUGAGUGUGGCUGGCUGGAGUCGUAUCACACCGGAUCAGCUGUUCGACCUUCUACAGGGACUCCCACAACUGCAACGACUAGAUCUCUCCUUGACGUCUGAGACCGGUGGUUCCAGUACUUGUCUCUCAGCAGCGUCUAUGGCUCGCAUCGCCAGCAACUUCGGCGAUCGUCUCACACACCUCACGCUAGCUAACAAUAAGUUCUCCGCUCUACCGCAAAUACUAUCAUCAGUAGCUGCUCACUGUCCGAAUCUCGAAGUGUUAGAUAUAUCAGGGGCUCUAGCGACGUCACAUCCGGCGCCCAUACCGCUAGAGGCGUUGCAGAAAGGAUGCCCUAAGAUGAGAGUCUUUAGAGCGGCGAACGCUCAGCUAGUACUGGCCUCCGCUACAACAUCGCAACAGAUGGAAGCCGGAGGUUGGACUCUAUUAGAGGAAGUAUCAGUUGCGUGUAGUGCUGCUGAGGAGAGAACCGCGGUAGGCGAGUACCGGCUAGGAGACGAAGCCCUCGGCCGGCUAGUGAGGGCUGCUACCAGACUCAGACUGCUGGACCUGCGAGGCCUACAACGACUCACGGACUCAGGCCUCGUGCGGGUCCCCGCAUGGGACCUUCAGCAUUUAUUCCUUGGAGGUUGCAAUGUGCUCCGUCAAACAAACGCGUGUCUGGAGUUGAUCUGUGAGAAGUGGUCUCACAGUUUGUUAGAGCUGGACCUGUCGUGGGCGUCCGCUGCUAAAGUCCUCCACGACGCCGUGUGCGCACUCGCCGAUGCACCAAGUAGCAAACUAAGAAUACUCAAUUUAUGUGGAUCAUCGGUUUCUUUCGAGGCCGUCAAAAAAGUGCUGUUAAAGUGUCCCCACCUAGAGUCUUUAAAUCUAAGUUCAUGUCGGGCUUUGCCGAGAGGCAUGAAACGUCUUUAUACAGGAAAAGAACUUCAAGACCUGAAAGAUAGUUUAGACCCGGAGAAAGUAAAGACCAAAGAGAACAAAAGUGAGGAAUCAAAGAAAAAGAAGACAAAGGCUGAAGUAAAAUGUGAUGAUAAAAAGGCUUCCCCAAAAGAUGAUACCUCCGAAAGUUCAGGUAGUAAAAGUGUUAUAAAAUCUACAGAUAAGUCUUCCGCGGGUGUAUUUCAAGAACCGAAAAGUGUAUCCGAUUCAGGGAAUAUGUCUGACAAACGUACCUCUAACGAUACACCAAUUAAGUCUUCUCCUAGCAAUAAGAUUCUAGAACAGUCGAAAAAUAUUUUAGAAAACGAUACAUCGCAUUUACUUUCUAGAGGCUCGACCACUCCCAAUUUGUCUAGCCCCCUCGCUCAAUCGAAGCCAGAUUCUUCUUCAACUCCACGGUCGGAACCAACUAAGUCUGAUAUAGGUAGUCCUCACUUUAGUCCAGUCCAAAAACCUGAUAGUCAAGUCCCUAGUAGUCCUGAUAUCCAACGAGAUUCGGUUAAAAGUAACCACUCAUGGAGUCUAGGACAGUUUAAAAGCACACCCACUCAAAAGUCUGAGGCGAGUCCAAUCAAUCGGUUAGAUAGUCAUUCGAAAUUAAGACAUAGCAAAAUAGUAGAGCAAUGUAGUCCAACGACUUCUUUAGAGAACAAGCCGAGUCCGGAGACAUUAGGUAUGAAACAUAAAGAGCAAGAUAUAAAACAUCCUAAUAAUUGGAAUUACGGUAGCUAUAGCCCCAUGCCACGACAGGACAGCCAGUUUUCGUCUCAAAGAAGUCCUUACUCAGCUCAACCGAGUCCUGCUCAGCCCAGUCCGUACUCGACCCAGCCCAGCCCCUACUCCACACAGCCCAGUCCGUAUUCGUCUCAACCUAGCCCCUACUCUGCUCAACCGAGCCCCGACACCAGUCAAAUAGUUAAAGCGGAACACCAAAAGACUGGCGGGUGGAACACCGGCAACUUUAGUCCAAUGCCAAAACACCAUGCGCCCUUCUCACCACAUCCCUCCACACACACCAGUCCAGAUCCCGGCCUGGGCGUCAAAAAUGAUGGUCUUCGAAAUAACCCUAACAAAACGCCCGGUCAGUAUAGUCCAAUGUCACGACAGCAACACCAGAGUCCAUACUCACCGAGACCGAGCGUGGAAAAUAAUUACAACAACAAAAAGAGCCCCGGAGUAGGCAAGUACAGCCCUAUGAUGAGACCCGACUGUCAUUUACCGAGCCCGGAUGGAGGUCACGUGUCUCGACCGCAUCUGAGUGGACGAACGCAGGAUAUGUACGGACGGCAAGUGUCCAAGGUCACCGAAGUUCCACAGAGUGUCCCACCGCCUGAAAUACCGAACUCGUGGGGUUUCAACCACAUGGGUACACCGACGUCCGCUAUCGACUCUCUCGUCUGGGGGAGCGGUUCGUUCAACACGGAGCCGGCGCUGCAGUCGCCCAUGUCGCAGUCGCGCGACAACGUGUCCACGAUGCUCACCACGCCGCCCCCCCAACCCUGGAACGACCUGACUCCUUUCGAUAGCACCUUACGAAGGUCCACCGACCCUAGUGACCCCUGGACGUUUGGACAGUUCCGAGUGGAGCCACCGAAUCAAGUGCACAAUACUUUCGUAGAGCAAACAGUGAGCUUCGAUUCUUUGAGCGGCCAUCUCGGUCAUCCGUCGCAUACGCUCCAGAGUUACUUGGAGGAGAGCUUCUCUGAGCCCUCGCGAGUGGACUGA